AUGCCAGACAAAAUCGAGAUCUACGAGGGAUCCGACGAAAGCGAGCCGGAAAGUUUAUUAGAGAAAGAUGACGAAGAAGCAUCGCCUUCAAAUCAGAUUGUUUCAACAGCUCCCGAAGAGACGGUAACAUUCGAGGAUGCACCAAGGCCCAAGAAAAAUCUGCAACGAAAGAAGAAACUGAAGAAAUUAACACAUCGCGAAACGAUGGUGAAACUUUCUGAGAAGCGAGAACGUGACAUAUGGGGAAUGAAGAAACCCGACAUCAUCAAGGACAAAGAAAAGGAACGAUUAUUGAAGAGAAUUGCCACACAAGGAGUUGUCCAAUUGUUUAACGCUGUUUCGGACCGCCAAAAAGUGGUGAGCAAAGCGUUGGAGAAGAAAACGAAAGACAAAAAGACGUUAAGCGGCUCCAAUUUCAUGGUUAAUGGGAAACCGAAACGCGAGAGCUCCGUAAAAGACGAAUUCGAUGAUGCUUCGAUGAAACAAGAGGUGGUCGUUGAUUUCGAC